AUGCGCUUUGCGGGAAGCGAUGCAUCGUCCAGGAGCUCUGCCCCCCUUCAUGGCGACGACGACGGACACGCAUCGAGGCCCGGCAGACACGUUAAUCAAAGUCGAGAGGAGGGGAGCGGGGUCUCUGAGGGUGCAUCUCACAAGCGGCAGCCGUCAAGAGCACUGGAAACGAUGCAUAUGGCCAGUGCACGGAGACACAAUUAUGGGAUCCGUGACUCUAGAGGAAGCGACGUCGUUUUUCUCCGGACUUGUGAGUCGCAGGCGCGUCAGGGGCCAUCGGUAAAGGCUGAUACAAAAAAAGAGUCUGCAAAUGCCAGCGUCUCCGAGCUGCAGAAGACAGAGGACGUGGCGACGCGUGAAGCAGUUUCGGCGUCCUCACGUGGGGUUGCCUCGUCCAGCGCUGUUGUUUACAAAAGUGAGGAUUGUCUGGGAGCGGACAAAGUGUUCAGGCUCUCGGACAACGCUGGCAAGGACGGUAGGAGUUCUAGAAUUAGUCGUCUGAGUGGGAAGGCUUCUUUGACUGUUUGUGAUCGGUGGGGUGCAAUGGACAGUGCCGUUGCUGAGGGCGAGGUGCCAGCAUUGCCCAAGAUGACUAACCUGAAUGCCAAGUCGCAAGAAAUGUCUGAGGUUCGUAUGACAGCGGCAUCGUUUCCUCGUGAGGUUCUCUCCCGCACGGAUUCUGCACAUCUUCUGAUACGGCACUCUCCCCCAUUGCGGAGCACGCUCACGCUUUCUCUCCGCUGCUGGGUGCUUUGCCCUCUCGUGGUGAUUUUAUUGGUGGUGGCCGCAGUUACGAUGGCGUUAUCGUUUGCAACGUCGAAAAGCAGCUCAGAAAGCGUCUUUUUGUCCCUGCAUGACGUGGUGUUGGACAGCAUAGAGGAGUCUGUGGGAGAUUUAACGUUGACAAAGAUGGCACGCAUGGCGGUGUCGACAGGAAGCAUGUACUUUUCUAAGAACACCUUCCCCAACCUUCGGGCUGACAUACUGAUGCCGCUGGAAGGCGGCAUGAUGUCGCGUCUCUGUGCUGUUCUUCGCGACAUGGAUCCUGCUAAGAUGGUCUCUUCUCUCGGCGCUGUUUCGCUGACGAGACAACAGGCUGCCGUGUGCUUUAACUCUCGUUCACGCCCUGGCAACUUUGUGGGUACGGUGAGUCGCAAUGGUGUCAUUAAGGGCUUCUACUACGUUGACUCCGUGACACUGGAGUACAAAACCCCACUGGAACCCCUGGAAAAAGUUGAUCCCCCCAUGAGCAUCGAUGACUUUACCAAAUCCCAGCGCUUCGAGAAGGUGGUCGAGAAAUGGAAGACUGCGGUGGAAAAGGGUGAGCCGAUGCUGUCAGAGCAAUAUUGGGUGACGCCGCGCCACCCGCCGAACUAUGUUGUGUUUGUCUACCCAUUCUUUGAGGUGUAUGAAGACGGCAGCACCGGUGUUGGCUACAUUUACUCAACGAUGUUCACGGAUGACAUUGCGAGCAUUCAGUGGUACAGCCCUACUGAAAGUGGCAUACGUGUGAUGCUUGUGGACCCGGAUGUCAGGGCAGAGCAACUGUUGGUUGUUGCAAACAGCUGGGGUCAACCACUCGCCAACGUCACAAACGCAUGGCUGGCAACCGUGAGAGGCGAUCCAGUGAAGUUUAUGCACGUUGAGGACGUGGAGGACCCCAUAAUGCGCGAGGCGCUCAAGCACGUGGACCUUUGCGCCGCUAUCAGCAGUGGCAGCGAUCAGAAUGCCUCCUUUCUUUACGGCGGCUUUGACGGACGAAUCACUGCGAAGCGCAUUGACGUUCAGGGUGGGGUGAAGUUUCUUCUUGUGGUUGUCACCAGUCGCAGCUACUACUUGGGGCCCGUGAUUUUGUACCGCAAUGUUGCGAUUGUGGCGGGUAUUGUGGUGUUGCUGCUGGUGACGGUGGCCUGCGUUGCGUUUGUGGAGUGCUGCUUGGUGAUACCGCUUCGCGCCACACGGGCAGAACUGAAGCUUGCGCUGGGUGGUGCUCCGGUGAGUGCCAGGAGUCGUCGUCGCGCUGUGCUCCGCGAGGUGCGGGAGCUGGAGGAUGUGUGCACCACUUUGCGUUGUCGUCUUGACAAGGUGCGGUUGUACAUGCCCGACCGUUUCAAUGCGAGGGUUGCGGCCGCUGGUUACGGCAGUCCAUUUCGAAGCGAGUGUGGAAUUGAUAAAGCCAGCCUGGACGGGUCAAACAGCGAAGAACUGAAGCGAGUGACGUGCAGCGUCGCCUAUGUGUACUACACCCCCCGCACUGUCCGCAACCCCACCGACGCCGUUGUGGAGCUGAUAAUGCGGGCGGUGGUAAAGAUUGCCACUGACUGCGGCGGGUGCUUCGAAGUGCAGCGUCCCGACUACUGCGUGAUCAGCUUCGGUGCACAGUUGAGGGGCAAGGAGUUUGCGGCCGAGGCCUUGGAGGCGGUGGAGUUUGCUCGUCGGCUGCGCGAGGAGCUGACGGCGUGCGCGGAACUUGAUGGUCUGUACCGUGUGAUAGUGGAGUCUGGGGUGUUUCUCAGCGGCGUCAUCAGUGGUGGCGGUCGCAGCCACUUUGUGCUGCUCUGUCGCAACCUGCACUACCGACUCGGCGGGUUCCUGCCGCACACAGGCGUUGUGGCAGCCGUUACGGAAGAGACCGCGCUGCUUGUGCGAGGGCGCUGCCGCCUUCUGCCCUUUGAGACGGUGUACCUUGAGGACGCAGCCACGACGUGUGUGAAGCUGCACGAGGUGAUUUGUGGCGCUGCUGGCACAGCGGCAUGGCAGAACUACGAGCACUGUUACAGCGAGGCGUACGACAUGAUGGAGCGUAGCGAGUACGGAUCGGCGUUGUGGUGGUGGGAGAAGGCGAGAGCCGUGGAGCAGGGCGCACUGGCGGAGGAAUCGCCGCUGUGCAGGUCGUCACAGGCAGCGCGGCUUGAGAAAGAGUGCGUCAUGCGUAUGUCACGGGGCGACUAUGCGCCGUUUGCGCGGCGACCACGCUUAGCGAAUGGCGAGAAUGACGGCGUGCCGCACAGCGAUGUUGUUUCCACCGUCACCAGCGAGGAAACUGUCAGUCAGAAGACGGCCAGCGCGACGAGCUCCUUCCGUUUUGGUCCGUUGGUGACCGCACCCGAGAGCGACGCAGUGAGCUUGGAGGUGGCUGCUGGGUGCCUGCCGCAUCGAUUUAGGGACCGCCUGGGGAACGUCUGGAAGCGCGCCCUGAAUCCGAUCGAGGACCCCUCCACAGACAUCACUCCCGUGUACAUGGCUAUAUCCGCCACCGGGACGCUGGCGGUGCUGAAAGUGUGCCAGCUGACUGAUGCGGCCGCUCGUCUGACACGCGCUGAGGUGGAUGCUGCGCUUGAGGAGCUGAUGGGCCUCAGGGUCAACGACAGUCUGGUGCAAUACCUUUCGUAUUGUUACGUCCCACCUCACCGCGUGGUGCUUGUGAUGCAGUACGUCCCUGGUGGGACUCUGCGUGAAAUGAAAUCCCGGUACGGACGCAAGCUGCCGCUGACUGCCGUGAGGCGGAACGUCGCGUCGAUGCUGCGGGGCCUGGCGCACCUGCAUGGGCGCGGUGUGAUCCACGGACGUUUGUGCCCCGAGAAUGUGAUGGUUGGUGUGGAGGGGCGGUGGCGGCUCAAGGGCAUGCUGCUGGGUGCCGCGCCGCUGAUACUGCACCAAGAGACGUACUAUGUGAGCCCCGAGGUUGCUGCCGGCGGUGCGAAGACGGCAGCGAAUGACGUGUACGCGCUGGGGCUGCUGCUGCUCGCGAUGCUGACAGACUCCCACCCCUGGCAGUGGAGUGCGAAUGCGGCGUUAGAUCGCUCACGGAACGAGCUUGACUCGCUUCUAGCCGACAGUACGGCGUUCCGCGAGGCGCUGCGUAAUGGGCUGCUGACACCGGUGCCGACCCCUGCAGACACAGACGAAACGCUGCGGACCGUGCUGGAGGCGUGUCUCCGCACCGCCCCAGGGGAUCGCCCUACUGCGUUGCGACUUCAGGAGGUGCGUUGUGAUAGGAGUUUGUAA